AUGGACUGGGGAAGCCAUAAAUAUAGACAUAAGCUGUGCUAUUAUUGGCUUGGCAGAGAAGAAUUGACAGAAAUUGAAAGGAAAAAGCUCAAUACCAAGAUGGUUUUGAAUUAUUGGGGUUACUAUGGAAACGUAAUACUGCAUUUAUCACUUGGGUAUUGUUUAUAUAAAAAAGGAUUUUUUAAUGCUCAAAAAGAGUGGGAGUAUUGGACUAAAUUAGCAGGAACCUUCUUUUUUGGCUCAUUUUCUAUUUAUAAAAUAGAUAAAUUGAUAAAGCAAGACUUGUCGAUUUUUGUUGCAGAUUUAUUAUACAGGUAUAGAGCUGAAAUCGAUUUAUUGAGAAGAGAAAAGCAGGAAAAUCUUUCUGAGCUGAAAAUAAAUAAAAUGAUCGAGUUUAAAAAAUUGGAAGACAAAGGAAUUGAUGUAAAAAGACUCGAGCAACUAACUCCCCCCUUUCGUGAGUGAACAAAAAAAAUUUUGUUUAUAGAAAAAUUUUAAAAAAGUCCUAAUUUGCAAAAAUUGGGAAGCAAAUAUUAAUUUAAUUUAUAAAAUUUAUGUUUUAAAACGCAAUUUGUUUAAAAUUAAACAGAAUAAGCUCGGGAUUACAUUAUACUAAUUAUCACUUAUAUAUCAAUUUUUUUUCAUAAAAAUUUUUGUUCACUGACGGAGGGUGGGUUUUUGCGCAAAAAAUAGGGAUUUUUCCAAUGGUUUUGUUCACUCACUGAGGAGGGGAGUAAGCGAAUCAAGAUAG